UGACCAGCGCCUGACACAGGCAGAAUGCAGGUUUUUAUUCGGCUCUGCAGCCACUGUAAUUAUCGAUUGCCUAUGCCAUGGAGACACCAGAUUCCAUAGAGGAUAAACCCUGGUUGUGAGAACAAUAGGUGUUUGCUCUGUAACCAUGCACUACUCUCUGAGCUCUGAGACCCAAGCCCCUGUAUAACACCUUGCCAAACCCAUGAGGCCUGCGAGGAAGAGAGCUGACGUCAGGCUAUGCCGAGACCAGGGGCUCGCCUAGCCCACUCAUGCCUGUGAUCCCCAUCCCGCGGCGGGUGCGCUCCUUUCAUGGCCCCCACACCACCUGCAUGCAUUCGGCCUGUGGGCCGGCACGUAGCGCCCAGCUGGUUCGGACCAAGUACAACAACUUCGACCUGUACCUGAAGUCCAGAUGGAUGUACAGUUUCGUCCGCUUCCUCCUCUACUUUGGCUGCAGCCUGCUCACCUCCCUCCUCUGGGUGGCGCUCUUGGCCCUCUUCUGCCUGCAGUACCUCGGCGUACGCAUCCUCCUGCGCCUUCAGUACAAGCUUUCCAUCAUUAUGCUGUUGCUGGGUCACCGGCGUCUGGACUUUGGCAUCCUCAACGACCUCUUCAUCUACAGCAUGCACAUCACAAUGUUCUUGGUCGGAGGCCUGGGAUGGUGCUUCAUGGUUUUUGUAGACAUGUAAGGUUUCGUGAGCACCAGGGACCGAUCCAGAUUGGGUUAAGAUCCUAAGGGUGGCCACAAUGUGCCAUUUCGUGGGGUGCUGACUGAACUUUGUUAUCUAUCAAGUACAGGACUGCCCCUAAUAAAUAAUGAAAUCAGUAGCACCCUCAGAAGAGGUGAAGAAAAUCCAGUGUGACCCUAAUUUAUUCCCACAUAGUCACAAUGCGGUUCUGAAAUGGUAUAUAAAGGUAUUUUAUACAAUAAACACAAGCAGUCUUGUGUUGUACCGAUUAUGUGAGUAUAUUAGUGUUCCAGCAUCCUUUAUCUCUUCAGUGACCGUAUCUCUGUAUGACUUUCCUGUCCGUGUUGGAGUGAACAUCUCCGGUUGGCUUUUGAAUAAGUGAUCUUCAGUCACAUGCUUUGUUCUGAAUCCCUCCAUCUCAUGUUGGGCGAUCUGUUCAGCUUUCCGCGGCUUACUUAGUCCAACCAUACCAAACUAUUUUAACGGUGCCAACCAGUUCAAGAGACCCAAUGCCUGUUUUUCUAUUGUGCCCAGUGUUGUUGGUGCCCAGACUGGCAUGAGCUUGAAGUAGGUUAGGAUAAUUCUCCAUUGUUCUAGGAUCAAGACAUCAUAUGCCUCAUGCUAGGCCUGAGUGUGGCCCUUUGUCCUGAAAAUGAAAGGACUCCAAUGACAUUUUGGACAGGACAUUUUGCACGUGUCAACACACACAGCAACAGGGUUUUAACGUCUACCAACAUGCUGAUCAUGCAUCAGUGCUGGCGUACGCUAGUGUGAACUAUGUUUUUUAUGUUUGGAAUUUUGUUUUGUUUUUUUUGU